UCCCUACCCCACUCUGCACCAUGGCGCUCCCGCUGCUGCCCCUCUUGCUGGCCUCCUUGCUCUCAUCUUGCUCCAGUAACAAAGCCAACAAGCAUAAGCCAUGGAUCGAGGCAGAAUACCAAGGCAUCGUCAUGGAGAAUGACAACACAGUCCUGCUGAACCCACCUCUCUUCGCCUUGGAUAAGGAUGCCCCCUUGCGCUAUGCAGGUGAGAUCUGCGGCUUCCGGCUCCAUGGGUCUGGGGUGCCCUUUGAGGCCGUAAUCCUGGACAAGGCAACAGGAGAAGGGCUGAUUCGGGCCAAGGAGCCUGUGGACUGCGAGGCCCAGAAGGAGCACACCUUCACCAUCCAGGCCUAUGACUGUGGCGAGGGCCCUGACGGGGCCAACACCAAGAAGUCCCACAAGGCUACUGUGCAUGUGCGAGUCAAUGAUGUGAAUGAGUUUGCCCCAGUGUUUGUGGAGCGGCUGUACCGUGCCGCAGUGACAGAGGGGAAGCUGUAUGACCGCAUCCUCCGUGUGGAAGCCAUCGAUGGUGACUGCUCCCCCCAGUAUAGUCAGAUCUGCUACUACGAGAUUCUCACACCCAACACUCCCUUCCUCAUUGACAAUGACGGGAACAUUGAGAACACAGAGAAGCUUCAGUAUAGCGGUGAAAGGCUCUACAAGUUCACAGUGACGGCUUAUGAUUGUGGGAAGAAGCGGGCAGCUGAUGAUGCUGAGGUGGAGAUCCAGGUGAAGCCCACCUGUAAACCCAGCUGGCAAGGCUGGAACAAAAGGAUUGAGUAUGCACCAGGUGCUGGGAGUUUGGCUUUGUUUCCUGGUAUCCGCCUGGAGACCUGUGAUGAGCCACUCUGGAACAUUCAGGCCACCAUAGAGCUGCAGACCAGCCAUGUAGCCAAGGGCUGUGACCGUGACAACUAUUCAGAGCGGGCACUGCGCAAACUCUGUGGUGCUGCCACUGGGGAAGUGGAUCUGUUGCCCAUGCCUGGCCCCAAUGCCAACUGGACAGCAGGGCUCUCGGUGCACUACAGCCAGGAUAGCAGCCUGAUCUACUGGUUCAAUGGCACCCAGGCUGUGCAGGUGCCCUUGGGUGGCCCAGGUGGGCUGGGCUCUGGGCCCCAAGGCAGCCUCAGUGACCACUUUACCCUGUCCUUCUGGAUGAAACAUGGUGUAACUCCUAACAAGGGAAAGAAGGAAGAGGAAACCAUUGUGUGUAACACGGUCCAGAAUGAGGAUGGCUUUUCUCACUACUCACUGACUGUCCAUGGCUGCAGGAUCGCCUUCCUCUACUGGCCCCUGCUUGAGAGCGCCCGUCCAGUCAAGUUCCUCUGGAAACUGGAGCAGGUGUGUGAUGAUGAGUGGCACCACUAUGCUCUGAACCUUGAGUUCCCCACUGUUACACUCUAUGCUGAUGGCAUCUCCUUUGACCCUGCCCUUAUCCAUGACAAUGGCCUCAUCCACCCACCCAGAAGGGAACCUGCUCUCAUGAUUGGAGCCUGCUGGACUGAGGAGAAGAACAAAGAGAAGGAAAAAGGAGACAACAGUACAGACACCACACAAGGAGAUCCUUUGCCGAUCCACCACUACUUCCAUGGCUACCUGGCUGGUUUCAGCGUGCGUUCAGGUCGCCUGGAGAGCCGUGAGGUCAUCGAGUGCCUCUAUGCAUGUCGGGAGGGGCUGGACUAUAGGGAUUUCGAGAGCCUGGGCAAAGGCAUGAAGGUCCACGUGAACCCCUCGCAGUCCCUGCUCACCCUGGAGGGGGAUGAUGUGGAGACCUUCAACCAUGCCCUGCAGCAUGUGGCUUACAUGAAUACUCUGCGCUUUGCCACACCUGGCGUCAGGCCCCUGCGCCUCACCACUGCUGUCAAGUGCUUCAGUGAAGAAUCUUGUGUCUCCAUCCCCGAAGUGGAGGGCUACGUGGUGGUCCUUCAGCCUGACGCUCCCCAGAUCCUGCUGAGUGGCACUGCUCAUUUUGCCCGUCCAGCUGUGGACUUUGAAGGACUUGAGGGGGUCCCUUUGUUCCCUGAUCUUCAAAUCACUUGCUCCAUUUCUCACCAGGUGGAGGCCAAAAAGGAUGAGAGUUGGCAGGGCACAGUGACAGACACACGCAUGUCGGAUGAGAUUGUGCAUAACCUGGACGGCUGUGAAAUUUCUCUGGUGGGGGAUGACCUAGACCCUGAGCGGGAAAGCCUGCUCUUGGACAUGGCAUCCUUGCAGCAGCGAGGGCUAGAGCUCACCAAUACAUCUGCGUACCUCACCAUUGCUGGGGUGGAGAGCAUCACUGCCUAUGAAGAGGUCCUGAGGCAGGCUCGGUAUCGGCUGAGACAUGGAGCUGCCCUCUAUGCCAGGAAAUUCCGGCUUUCCUGCUCAGAAAUGAAUGGUCGUUACUCUAGCAAUGAGUUCAUUGUGGAGGUCAACGUCCUGCACAGCAUGAACCGAGUUGCCCACCCCAGCCAUGUGCUCAGCUCCCAGCAGUUCCUGCACCGUGGUCACCAGCCUCCUCCUGAGAUGGCUGGACACAGCCUGGCCAGCUCCCACCGAAACUCCAUGGUCCCGAGUGCUGCGACCCUCAUCAUUGUGGUGUGUGUGGGUUUCCUGGUGCUCAUGGUCAUCCUGGGCCUUGUGCGCAUCCACUCCCUUCACCGCCGCGUCUCAGGGGUCGGCGGGCCCCAGGGGACCUCCAGUGACCCCAAGGACCCAGACCUCUUCUGGGAUGACUCAGCUCUUACCAUCAUUGUGAACCCCAUGGAGUCCUACCAGAAUCGGCAGGCCAGUGUGGUGAGGGCUGCCGGUGGGCAGCAGGAGGACGAGGACAGCAGUGACUCCGAGGCAGCUGACUCCCCCAGCAGUGAUGAGAGGCGCAUCAUCGAGACGCCCCCACACCGCUACUAAAGCCUACACCUCCCCCAUACAGAGGAAAAAGUCUGCCUUCGUGAGACAGAGACAUCCCAGAAAAGAGAGAAGGACAUUCUGAGAGAAGAAAGACCCAGAGGGAGAGAGCACUUCACAAGUCAUCCUUGUAUCUCAAAACCCCAGCAGGCCCCACUGGAGUCUGCCCCACAUCAUGCCAUCCAGCCACCGCCCUCACCUCUGGGCUGCCAUAGCCUUGCUGUUUUCCUGGUCACCACUGGGCUGGAAAGUGGGCUGGGCAACUCUGGCUGCCCUUUUUGCCCCCCCAUGGCAGCUGCCUACUUAGCACGCACCCUUAGGGGCAUCAGUAGCAAUGGCUAGGGUGGGGUGGGAUGGAGGGAAAACCUCUACUCUCCCCUUUCCCACUCUUUACCCCACCUUGGCUGGGCUCUCCCUGCUUCUCUUGUGAUUCCCCCACCUGUUUCCAUUUCACUCUGGGGAUCCCUGCUUCUCUACCUUUCCCAGUUUCCUUCUUUCCUGUCUUAUUUCACCUCCUGCCCUUGCAGUCCUGAGGUCCUACACCCCUACCCCUUCCCCCAGGACCUGGUAUGGCCAGGUUGUGGGAAUGGGAAGGGGUGUGGGUGCUCCAGGUGUAUUAUAUAUAAUGUAUAUUUUUUCAAUGUUGUCGUGAGCGCAGCCCCUGUGUUCCUGUGUGCAGCUCACGGCCUUGUGUG